GUGUUUUCAUUCUCCGUCCGGCCAACUUCUCUUUCUCCCUUACGCAAACACCAAUUCUUCCAAAAUUUACAGGUUAGUGUUAUCCUCAGCAAACCUCCUCCUUUUACUGUGAUGGGUAGAAGAAAGCAGUCUCGUCCUCAUCGAUCAGGUGGAAUCUUCGUAGAAAAUAGUGAUACUACUGGACCACAAUUGGAUAAGCAGAAAGCAAAUGACACCAAGCAGCCGGGUAAAGGGGAGGUUGAUGAUACUGAUAAACCGCUUUUCGUAGAGGUUAAUAAAAAUUCUUGGGUUUCAGAUGAGCACCUUGAUAUAUCUGAACUUGUUUUAAAAGAUUUGAAUUUAAAAGAAGGGUUUCCUGGUUUUAGAAUUAGUGAGGAUUUUUAUUAUGAAUCUAAGUACAGCUUAAGGUUUAGGGUAUGCAAUGUAAAUGAGUUUAUUGGUCGUAUUAAGCUAGGUCAUUGGCCAUUAUUGUCUUCUAGCAGUAUAACUUUGGAAUUUGUAGAAAAAUGCAUGACAGAGAAGGAUAUGGAAACGCAUACUGUUAUUUUGUCUGGGAGUUUUGAUGGACCGGAUGAGGGUGUUACGGGUCUUGUUCAUCUGGCAAAUUUGGAGCUUUUCACAUUAAGGCCAGUCCCCAGUGUUACACUUUCGGAGGACAUGUCAUCUGUUAGGGUGAGAGUGGAGAUACUUAAGAGCACUUUUGAUGCUUGUGAAUCUAUUCUAGAAAAUAGUAAAAAAUUGUGGAAGAGGAGUAUGAUGAAUGUCAUGGCUUGGCUCCGUCCAGAAGUUAUGACUUCAGAAGCUAGGUAUGGAGUCUGUAAAUCAACAGAAAUGGAUGUUGAAUUGAUGACGAAGAGGGAAGGUGGCUCUUCAGAAACCAAAAAACUUGCAAAGUUUGAUGUCGCCGGGUUUUAUGAAGCCAUUAAACCAUCAAAAGCAGAACCAAUGCUUGAAGAUGAUUUACCCGACUUGCUGCCUCUGUUAAGACCAUAUCAGCGUCGUGCAGCAUACUGGAUGGUACAAAGAGAGAAAGGAGAUUCAGAAAGUUUGAGUGAAAGGAAAAGAAGUCGAUUCUCUUACCCCCUUUGUAUGCCCAUGGAUUUUCUUGACACUUCUUCAAAAAUGUUCUAUAAUCCAUUCAGUGGAAAUGUUUCUUUGCGUUUGGAAUACUCGUCAUAUGUCUUUGGUGGUAUUCUUGCCGAUGAGAUGGGAUUGGGGAAAACUGUGGAACUGCUUGCCUGCGUAUUUGCUCAUCAAAAGCCAGCAUCUGAUGAUGGUAUGUUGAUUGAUACUUCAUUCGAGGUUGUUGGGGACCAGGAAGUUAAGCUACAGAGACUGAAAAGAGAGCGUGUUGAGUGCAUCUGUGGAGCUGUGAGUGAAAGUCACAGGUAUAAGGGUUUAUGGGUACAGUGUGACAUCUGUGAUGCUUGGCAACAUGCAGAUUGUGUCGGUUAUUCACCCAGGGGAAAGAAAAAGAGGUCAGCAGUUGAGUUACAGAAGCACACAAGAAAAAAAGAUAUGACCAAGAUAGUUGUGAGAGAUGGAGAACACAUUUGCCAAUUUUGCUCAGAACUGAUACAAGCUACUCAUUCUCCUGUUGCUACAGGUGCCACUCUGAUUGUCUGUCCAGCUCCUAUACUGCCACAAUGGCAUACUGAAAUAAUACGUCAUACACGUCCAGGUUCCCUGAAAACUUGUAUCUAUGAGGGCGUAAGAAAUUCUUCUCUUUCAGAUACAUCAGUGAUGGAUAUUAGUGAACUUGUCAGUGCAGACAUCGUGUUAACUACUUAUGAUGUGCUUAAAGAGGACUUGUCACAUGACUCUGAUAGACAUGAAGGUGAUCGGCGCUUGAUGAGAUUCCAAAAGAGGUACCCUGUUAUUCCAACUCUUCUCACCAGAAUAUUUUGGUGGAGGAUUUGUUUGGAUGAGGCUCAAGUGGUUGAGAGUAAUGCUGCUGCUGCCACAGAAAUGGCUCUACGCUUACAUACUAAGCAUCGGUGGUGUAUUACAGGGACUCCUAUACAACGGAAACUUGAUGACUUGUACGGACUUUUAAGAUUUCUUAAAUCAAAUCCAUUUGAUAUUCCUAGAUGGUGGAUUGAAGUUAUACGAGAUCCUUAUGAGAAUGGAGAUGUGGGAGCUAUGGAAUUUGCUCAUGAAUUCUUUAAGGAAAUCAUGUGGCGUUCUUCAAAACUGCAUGUAGCAGAUGAGCUGCAGCUUCCUCCUCAAGAGGAGUGCGUUUCUUGGCUUACCUUUUCACCAAUUGAAAAACACUUUUAUCAGAGCCAACAUGAGACUUGUGUGGAUUAUGCCUGUGAAGUUAUUCAAAGUUUGAAAAAUGAUAUUCUAAAGAGAAAUGCCCCAGGUUGUUCAUCCUCUGAUGAUUCUUCCAAUCCUAUCAUCACCCAUGCAGAGGCCGCAAAGCUGCUGAACUCACUCUUGAAGCUUCGCCAGGCCUGCUGCCACCCUCAAGUGGGAAGCUCUGGGUUGCGAACUUUGCAACAAUCCCCUUUAACCAUGGAUGAAAUACUGAUGGUUCUUAUUGGUAAGACCAAGACCGAAGGGGAGGAAGCACUCAGGAAGUUGGUUAUGGCUUUAAAUGGGCUUGCUGGGAUAGCAAUGAUUGAGAGAAAUAUUUUCCAAGCUGUAUCUUUGUACAAGGAAGCAAUGGUUGUUGUUGAAGAGCACUCUGAAGAUUUCCGACUGGACCCUUUAUUGAAUAUUCACCUUCAUCACAAUCUUGCAGAGAUUCUUCCAAUGGUUACAAACUGCUCAAAACAAUCUCCAAUUGAGGGACAGCAGUUUGCUGAAAGUUCUGAAAAGGCUUCCAAGGUACACAGUAUUGAAACAUGCGAUGAAAAUGCUGCAAAAAGGCGAAAAUUAAAUGAGUCAGAGAAUACAGAUUUUAAUGAUGCAGGGAAUCCAGAAGAUCAUACACCUGACUUGUCAGAAAAUGGCUUCAUUUGUACAAGAGAUUCUGGUAAUGAGUGCCAUUUGUCAUCCAAAUCCUUCGAUGAUGCUUCUUUGAGAACAGCUUGUGAGAACUUGAAGCAGAAGUACUUAACUGUAUUUAGUUCAAAGUUAUCAGUUGCUCAGCAAGAAUUUAGAAAAUCAUACAUGCAGGUUUGCAAUGCAUUGGACGAUAUAAAAGAGCAACAUGAUGGUUGGUGGUUUGAAGUGCUUCAUCAUGCUGAGGAGAACAAAGACUUUUCAUCAGAGUUGAUUAGAAAGAUUGAAGAGGCUGUUGCAGGAUCUCUAAACAAAUCAAGGUCAUCGAGAAUUGCAUAUCGUUUCCGAACCAUAAGUGGUCUAAAGUAUCAUAUUCAGUCUGGUUUGGAUCUACUGCAAGCCUCUAGGAAAAAGUUACUUGAUCAACUCUUAGAAAUUGAUCAAACAAUGGAGAAACCAAAAGAAGAGGACAUGGAUCGUAUGAGAUAUUGCCGAAUUUGCUAUGGUGUAGGGGAUGGUCCAACAUGUCUUCAUUGUGAACUAGAUGAAAUAUUUCAGGAUUAUGAGGCAAGGUUGUUUCGUCUCAAGAAAUCACAUGGAGAGAUGUUUGCAUCUGCGGAAGAGGCAGUAAAUUUGCAGAAGAAGAAUUCCUCACUCAAUCGUUUUUAUUGGUAUUUAUCGCAGCCAAAUAAAAAUUCAACUUCAUCAACAGUUGAUAAUGAAGAAAUAAAAAAGAGAGAUGUCAGAGAAACAGUAGUGGUUUCAAAAUCUCCAUCUGAAUUGGAGGUUGUUCUAGGAGUUUUAAAGAAUUAUUGCAAGACUCAUUUGGGGAGGGAUAUUAUAUCUGCAGCAACUAAGCAGCUACACAGUUUGGAGGGAAUGCGAAAGGAGUAUGCCCAUGCGAGGUCAUUGGCAAUUGCUCAAGCUCAAGUUCUCCGUUCUCAUGAUGAAAUUAGGAUGGCAACAACACGAUUGCACCUAAAAGAAAACGAGGAUGAUAAUUCUAUUGAUGCUUUAAGUCCAGAUGAACUAGCAGCAGCUAGCGUGACCAACUCCAGUGAAAAGUUUAUGGCUAUGACCUUCUUGUCACGUAUUAAAGGAAAGCUUCGUUAUUUGAAGGGUUUGGCAAAAUCUAAACAUAAAUCGCCCCUUGAAGAAAGUUCAAAUAAUUCCACAUUGACUGAAGAGACGAUUACCAUUUCAAAUUCGAAGGAACAAAGAAGUGAAUGUCAAUCCAAAGUUGAUGAGGAAACAUGCCCAAUAUGUCAAGAUAAACUGAGUAAUCAAAAGAUGGUUUUUCAAUGCGGGCAUUUUACAUGUUGUAAAUGUUUAUUUGCAAUGACUGAGCAGAGACUACAUGAUAAUAAGGUUCAAAAUAAAUGGGUAAUGUGCCCAACAUGUAGACAGCAUACAGAUAUUGGUAAUAUCGCUUUUGCUGAUGACAGACAAAAUAAAUCUUCUGAUUCUGCUAUGCUGAAUGGAGUUCAAGGUCAUGAAAUAUGCGAAGAAUCUUUGACUGUUCAAGGAUCAUAUGGAACAAAGAUUGAAGCAGUUACCAGAAGAAUUUUGUGGAUAAAGUCUACAGAUCCAAAAGCAAAAGUCCUUGUUUUCUCAAGUUGGAAUGAUGUCCUUGAUGUGUUAGAACAUGCCUUCACCACCAACAAUAUUACUUGUAUCAGGAUGAAAGGAGGCAGAAAGUCACAAGUUGCCAUCACCAAAUUUAGGGGACAGAAAAGCUCUGUAGAAGGAACUUCCAAGAGACAUGUCCAGCAACCAGAGCUAAAGUCUAUCCAAGUGUUAUUACUCUUGAUCCAACAUGGAGCGAAUGGUCUUAAUCUCUUGGAAGCACAACAUGUUGUUCUUGUAGAGCCACUACUUAAUCCAGCUGCAGAAGCACAGGCAAUCAGCCGGGUACACCGAAUUGGGCAGGAGAAUAGGACACUUGUUCAUCGCUUUAUCGUUAAAGACACAGUUGAAGAGAGCAUAUAUAAGCUGAAUAGAGGCAGGAACAUCAGUUCGUUCAUUAGUGGAAACACAAGGAAUCAAGAUCAGCCUCUUUUGACGCUGAAAGAUGUUGAGUCACUAUUUGCAGCAGCCUCAUCCACCGUCCCAGAAAGUGAUGAAAAGCCAACUGAAACUGAAGGUCUAAGGCAUUUGCCCCCUUCUGUAGCAGCAGCUAUAGCAGCUGAAAGGAGACUGAAGGAUCAUACAUCGCAAGCACAAUGAUAUUAAUUUUAUACGCUAUAAAACAGCACAACUGGAGUGAAACAAAGCAAUGUUUACCAGUUUCAUCAACUUUAACAGCUGAAGAUGUUAGCCCCAGAUUUUGAGAGGGACAACAAUGGAGCAAUUUCAGCGAGCUGAGAACACUGAAAUGUUGAUGAUGGCAAGCUAGGUGAAUUAAAUAGGAGAUUAUGACAAAAUUAGUCCAGGAACCACAUUUUAUAUUACAUGGAUUAGUCAUUCUUUUUUAUUUUAUUUUCAGAAAAAGGUAUAUCUUUGUACA